UUCGAUGCCCUCUUCCCGUUUCCGUUCUCGCGCUCGCCGAUAACGCGGUGCACUCCCGAGAUUCCGCGACGCCGGGGGCACGAGGCCGAGCGAGCGAGCGAGCGAGCGCGUGCGAUCGGCCGAACGGACAAAGAGUUGAAUCGAGCCGCGGUAGUGGGGAACGGCGAAGUCGCGCCGCGGCCAGACGCGAUCCGACAGUUUGCUGUGCACGAUGGAAGGCUCGAGAUCCAGCGACGGGACCACGGUCGGGCUGCUGGCGCGCCUGCUCGACAUUCUGCGCGAGGAGAACGUGUUCGACUCGGACAGCGAGCCGGUGAUACGCUUCGUGCAGCCGGAGCAACUGAGGGGUCGGAUGUCCGUCGAUCUGACCGAGGAACCGGCUACCCGGGAGGACAUCGAGACGGCGAUACGGCAGACGAUCAGAUACUCGGUGAGGACGUUCAGCCCGCACUUCCACAAUCAGCUGUACGCGGGCGUCGACGAGUACGGGCUGCUCGGCUCCUGGUUGACGGACGUGUUCAACACCAGCCAGUACACGUACGAGGUGGCUCCGGUGUUUACGUUGAUGGAACGCCUGGUGAUCGAGAGGUCGUUGGAGCUGAUCGGUUACCCGCCGCUGCCCGACGGCGACGGGAUCCUGUGCCCCGGCGGCAGCAUCUCCAACAUGUACGGCAUGGUGCUGGCCAGGUUCCGGAAGUUCCCGGACACCAAGAGAACGGGCAUCGCCGGCCUCCCGCCGUUGGCCUGCUUCACCAGCGAAGCCGGCCAUUACUCGAUCGGGAAAGGCGCUCACUGGCUGGGUCUAGGCACCGAUCACGUUUACAAGGUGAAGACCGACGAGGCGGGCCGCAUGCGGCCGGACGAGCUGAGGGCCGCCGUCAGGGAGGCCAGGGCACGGGGUCACGAGCCGUUCUUCGUGAACGCCACUUGCGGCACCACGGUCCUCUGCUCCUUCGACCCGCUGCCGGAGAUCGCCGCGAUCUGCCGAGAGGAGGAUCUGUGGCUGCACGUUGACGCCUGCCUCGGUGGUACUCUGCUGCUGUCGGACAAGUAUCGAUCGCGAUUGACAGGAAUCGAGCUCUCGGACUCGGUCGCGUGGAAUCCGCACAAGAUGCUCGGCGCGCCGUUCCAGUGUUCGCUGUUCCUGGCCAAGGGCAGGAACCUCCUGCACGAGGCGAACUGCGCAGGAGCGAAGUACCUCUUCCAGCAGGACAAACACUACGACGUGUCGUGGGACACCGGUGACAAGAGCCUGCAAUGCGGGAGAAAGAUAGACGCGGCGAAGCUGUGGCUGAUGUGGAAGGCGCGAGGCACCAAAGGUCUCCGCGAGUCCGUGGACCGCGCCAUGUCGGCGACCGAGUACUUCUUCGCUCGAAUCGAGCACCGCGACGGUUUCCGCCUGGUGCUCCCUCGCUACGAGGGCUGCAACGUCUGCUUCUGGUACGUGCCGAAGAGCAUGCGCGGCCAGCCGGAAACGCGGGACUGGUGGGACAAGCUGUACAGGAUCACGACGAAGAUCAAGGAGCGCAUGAUGCUCGAGGGCUCGCUGAUGAUCGGCUACACGCCGCUCAGCUACAAGAACCACGGCAACUUCUUCCGCAUGGUCGUCACGUGCCAGCCCCCUCCGACGGAGGCGUCGAUGGACUACGCGAUCGAGAAGAUCGAGCAGUUCGCCGAGGACCUGUGAUCGAGGGGAAUGCGAACGGGAGACGUCGUUCGUUUCGGCUCGACGCGUCCUCUCCGGACGCCCGGUCGUUCCUUUAUUCGUAUAUUCCGCCGUUCUUACAAUUCCCGGCGCUCCUCCGCGACUCAAUGUGAGCCAAUAAGAAAUCUGUCGCACUCACGCUCGCAGGCACGCACACACGCAUACAGAACCGGACUCGGUUCGUUCGUUCAUUCGCUCCGUUUAAUCUCGCGCGAUGGCACUGAAUCGUUUCGACGUUAAAACUCCAGGUUAUCUGUCUGUACAAUAAAAA